AUGAAAACGAGGAGGAGGUUGUGACAAGUCAAUGCAAGUGUCGCCAGACAUUUGAGGCAGAAUGGGUCGCAGUGAGGAGCUCAGUGACUUCCAGCGGGGGACCGUCGUUGGGUGUCACUUAUGCAAGAAGUCGAACCGUGAGAUUUCCGCUCUGUUAAACCUGCCGCGGUCCACCGUCAGUAAUGUCAUUUUAAAGUGGAAACGUGGAGGGAUAACGACGGCUCUGCCGCGGAGCGGCCGACCGCACAAGCUCAAAGAGGAGGACCGUCAAGUGCUGGAGAAAGUCGCGCUGGAAAACUCUUCGCCCUCGGUGGAAGCUCUUACUGCAGAGUUUCAGACCGCCUCCGGGGCCAACGUGAGCCCCAGGACUGUCCGCCGGGAGCUGCAUGAGAUGGGCUUCCGUGGCCGAGUGUCCACGUACAACAAGCCUAAAGGAGGGGAGAAAGCAGAGAAGAAGCGGGCAGCUCCAAGCCAAGAUGAAGCAAAGGUGGACGUGUCUCGUCUGGACCUGCGUGUUGGACGUAUAAUCACAACUCUGCAGCCUCCAGAGACCGACGGUCUGUAUGUGGAGCAGGUUGAUGUUGGAGAGGCUUCUCCCAGGACGGUGGUCAGCGAGCUAGCUAAACACAUACCUUCGGACCGGAUAGAGAACCGCAUGGCAGUCCUGUUGUGUAACCUGAAGCCAGCCAAGACGAGAGGAGUGGUGUCCCAGGCUAUGUUUAUGUGUGCUAACUCACCAGAUAAGGUUGAAAUCCUUGAACCACCAAGUGGAGCAGCACCAGGGGACAGAGUUACUUUCCAGGGCUUUCCAGGUGAACCGGACAAAGUGCUGGACCCCAAAAAGAAGGUGUGGGAGCAGAUUCAGCCGGACCUACGCACAGACGGCCAGUGUAUUGCAACCUACAAGGGAGCUGCCUUUGAAGUUGCCGGCAAGGGAGUGUGCAAAGCCCAAACCAUGAGCGACAGUGAAAUCAAAUAAACUAACAGGACUUGCUCAGUGCAAAUCCCUGCAGCCAGAAUGUUGAGAUGAGCCUUUCAAGAAGAGUGGAGGCUGUUGUAGCAACAUAUGAAUGCCCUUGGUUUUGGAAUGUCCAACAAUUGUUAUGUUUGAGGGUUCACAUACUUUUGUCCUGUAAGAGUGAAGAGUAUGUUGCCUCUGUUGGAUGGACAUGGACAUUACUGUUACGAUUUUAUUACGAAAAUCUGAAGUUCUGUAUUUGGCCAAAGGAGGGCACUUCAGUGCCCGUAAUGAUGUACAGUAGCCUAUGUGUAUUAGAGUGGUGAUACCUGACCUGAGCCCGACGGGAUCGGCCGGGCCGGGUUCGGACAGAUAUUUAGAAAUGAGGUCGGGCUCGGUCACAUCAGCGUUAUAAGACAUUUGUUGUAAAAGGGUGCUGCAGCUCCUUUUUAAGAGAGGUGUGUCUGUGUGUAAAGUGUGUAAAGUGGGCAGAAGAGAGAAAGAGGAAGCAGACGUGUAGAUGCGACUGGCGCAGAGUUGGUGGAAUAAGUUUUGUACCCAGUGGUGUCUGAAAUAAACACCAGACUGAAA